AUGGAUGAUGCAUUAUGGGCGUACCGUACAACAUUUAAAACUCCAAUUGGCACAAGCAAAGUUACAGAGUUGCAUGAACUCGAGGAAUUCCGGUUCCAAGCAUUUGAGAGUGCAAGAUUAUACAAAGAAAAGAUGAAGAUGAUGCAUGAUAAGCACAUUGUACAUCAGAAUUUCAAAUCCGGAGAUCUAGUGUUGUUAUACAACUCAAGAUUAAGAUUGUUUCCGGGUAAGCUAAAAUCUAGAUGGUCAGGACCAUUUAUAGUUGUGCAAGUAUUCUCCAGUGGAGCAGUAGAAAUUGAGCCUGAAGAUGGAACGAAUAAGUUUAAAGUGAAUGGCCGAAGGUUAAAACACUACCUUGGAAUGAUUGAAGAAAAAGGGGAUAAAGAUGUGAUGUACUUGGAAGAUCCCUAA